CCUCACAAACUUCUUUAACCUUCACACAACAAAAAUACAUCUCUUUUCCACGUACUUCAAUCUCCAUUUUGAUUUCUCUCUUUCUUGCUUGAGCAUAACAAUCAUGUCUUUUGUUUGGGAGGCUGCUCUCACAGCUUUCUUUGAUGUGUUGUUUGGCAAGUUAUCCUCUUCUGAUUUCCUCGACUUUGUCACUAAAAAGCAGGUCCGCAAGGAGCUCAACGAGUGGGAAACGAUGCUGCGGGAUAUCCGUGCCGUGCUUGAUGAUGCAGAGGGGAAGCAGAUGAAGGAUCAGUCUGUGAAGAACUGGUUGGCCGAGCUUCAAGACUUGGCUUACGAUGUUGAUGACAUUUUGGACGAGUUUGCCACUGAAGCUUUAGGGCGCAAGCUGACAUCCUUGGAGGAACCUCAAGGCAUCAAAAAUAAGGUACAAAAGAUCAUUCCUACUCGUUUAUUCUUUCCAAAAACUUUCAUGUUUAAUAAGAAGAUGAUACACAAGAUUAAAGAGAUCAGUGCUAGAAUGAAUCGUUUGGCCACAAAAAGAACUCACUUGGGAUUGGGAGGCAUUAAUGAGGGAGCAAGGCCCAACAUAAUGACACAAAGUCAGCCUACUUCUGUGGUGGAUGAAACUAAGGUGUACGGCAGGCAAGAAGAAAAGGCAGCAUUACUUGAAUUGCUUUUGAGCAAUGAUGGCACUGGCAAUGAAGCUUCUGUGAUUCCCAUCAUUGGCAUGGGAGGAAUUGGCAAGACAACUCUUGCACAACUUCUCUACAAUGAUACUCGUAUAGAGAAUUCUUUCGAGUACAAGGCGUGGGUAUGCGUUUCCGAAGAUUUUGAUGCCGUUAGCAUAACAAAGAGAAUUCUACGGUCAAUCAAUCGUGGUUGUUGUACCGAUGAUAAUGAUCUCAAUUUACUUCAAGUUGAGUUGAAGAAGAUGCUGGCUGGGAAAAAGCUUUUGCUUGUCCUGGAUGAUAUCUGGAACGAGAAUUAUCUGGAGUUGACCAACCUACUUUCUCCAUUUGGAGUUGGAACCAAAAUUCUCGUCACAACACGGAGUCACAAUGUUUCUUCUAUUAUGGGCACUGUUAAAGCUUACCCACUACAACAGUUAUCAGAGGAGGAUUGUCUAUCUGUAUUUACUCGACAUGCAUUAAGAGCAAAUGAUUUUAGUGGGCAUCCUGAAUUAAAAGAAGUUGGGGAAAUUAUAGUGAAAAAGUGCAAAGGCUUACCUUUGGCAGCUAAAGCCAUUGGUGGUUUACUACGCACUAGCCUGGACUAUGAGGCAUGGAAAGGUAUAUCAGAGAGUGAGAUAUGGGGCAUACCAGAAGAGAAAUGCAGCAUAAUUCCAGCUCUACGAUUGAGCUAUCAUCAUCUUCCUUCACAUUUGAAGCGAUGCUUCACAUAUUGCUCUAUACUCCCUAAAGAUUAUGAAUUUGGGGAGGAAGAGAUAACCUUGUUAUGGGCAGCAGAAGGUUUUCUACAGGGAGCAAGCCCUAAAACUGAAAUUGAUGACCUAGGUCGUCAAUAUUUUCGAGAUCUAGUAUCAAGGUCAUUUUUUCAAACAUCUACUAGAAACAAAUCUCGAUUUGUAAUGCAUGACCUUGUCAAUGAUCUAGCUCAAUCGGUUGCAGGAGACAUAUGCUCCAAAUUGGAGGAUGAUAAGCAAAUGAGAUUUUCAAAACGUACCCGACAUUCAUCUUAUAUUAGUGGCCGAUACGACGGAAUGAAAAAGUUUGAAGCCUUUGAUCAAAUGAAGCAUCUACGUACCUUUCUAUCAUUGUUGGGGUUGUCGUGGACACGUGAAGUUGAUUGUUAUUUAAGUAAUAAUAUCCUCACUGAUUUAUUGCCCAAACUUAGAUACUUAAGAGUUCUUUCUCUGAAAGGGUAUUGGAAUAUUGAGUUACCAAAUCUUUUUCAAGAGUUAAGACAUUUGCGUCAUCUAGAUUUUUCUUAUUCUAAAAUUAAAAGUCUACCUGAUUCAAUAUGCACCCUUUAUAAUCUAGAAACCUUAUUAUUACAUGGGUGUUACAAUCUUGAAAACCUACCGUCAAAUCUACAAUUUCUAGUCAACUUGAGUGUUCUCGACAUCACUUGUGCAAUUUCAAUGAACAAGAUGCCGUUUGAAAUUGGUACCUUAACCAAUCUUCGAAGACUAUCUGAUUUUGUUUUGGGCAAAGGUGAUGGACAUCAAAUACAAGAGAUGAAGAAUUUGUUAAAUCUCAAGGGUAAGCUUUGUAUCUCAGGGUUAGAGAACGUUGUUAAAGCUCAGGACGCAUGGGAGGCUAAGUUGAUUGAUAAGUCAAGCCUUGAGACAUUAGAACUAAAGUGGAAUACAGAAUUUGAUAAUAAUAGAAACAAAGAAGUCGAAGAAGAGGUGUUGAAUUUGCUUGAACCUCACAAAAAGCUUGAAAAGCUCUUCAUUCAGAAUUAUGGUGGUACAAAAUUUCCAAUUUGGAUGAAUUCUUUAUUACAAAAUUUAUCGUCUUUGGUUCUCAAGGGCUGUAAAAAUUGUGUAUCACUGCCAUCACUUGGAAAAUUACCAUUGCUGAAGAAUCUUUCUAUUGCUGGAAUGGAUGAGUUAAAUAAAGUUGGCAUUGAGUUCUACGGGGAGAAUCACUCAAAUGCAUUUUCCUUGUUACAGAGUUUGCGCUUUGAGAAUAUGCCAAGAUGGAAGGAAUGGGACUUGGUUGAUGAACAAGUUGGGAAAUUCCCUAGCCUCAUCGAGCUUUCCGUCAUAAACUGCCCUCAAUUGUUGGGAAGGUUGCCUAACCAGCUUCGUUCCUUAGAGAAGCUUGAAAUUCAUGAGUGUGCACAAAUGGUGGUUUCACUUUCAGACCUUCCAAAGCUGUCCGAAUUAGAAAUAGAUGAGUGUGCAGAGUUGGUGCUUACAGAUGAUGCAGACUUUCCUUCACUAAAAAAAGUCGAUCUUUCAAAUGUUGUAAAGUUUUCUACUCCAACAGAAAGGCUGGUAUCAACAUCAACAACAUUGGAGUACUGUGGGAUUUAUAAUUGCAAGGGAUUGACAUAUUUAUCGAUAAAGAAGUUGGGACUAUUGAGAUGUGUUCGUAAAUUGGAAAUUUUAAAAUGUCCACAACUUGUACUGUUAGAGCCAGAUGAGUUAGAGGAGGCAGAAGAGGAGCUGUUUCAAAUUGGAAAUCUUUGCAAUAUUGAAUCUUUGAUAAUAUGGGAAAAUGAUCUCAAUAUGGAAUCAUUGAGAAUAAGAAAGCAUUUUCUCGCAUUUGUUACAGAGAUGGGAAUUGACGACUGCCCAAACAUAGUUUGUUUUGCAAAGAACAACUUACCCCCGCUUUUGAAAAAGUUAAGGAUUGAAAGUUGCGACAAUUUACGAUGUUUGGUGGAUGAAGGAGAAAAUAUAAGCAUCAAUAACAUAUCUCCUCUUGAGCUGUUGGAAAUUGUGGGUUGUCCGUCUCUACUAUCAUUAAGCAUCAGUAACAUAUCUCUUCUUCAGCAUCUGCGAAUUAAAGUGUGUCGGUCUCUAAGAUCAGUAAGCAUCAGCAACAUAUCUCCUCCUCUUAAGCAUUUGGAAAUUAGAGACUGUGGGUCUCUAAUAUCAUUAAGCAUCAGUAACAUUUCUCUUCUUGCGCAUUUGAAUAUUGCAAAUUCUCCAUCUUUAAUAUCAUUAUCAUUACCUGAUACGCUUCAACAUCUUAGACUUGGGUACUGCCCAAAGCUAGCUUCCUUAUCAGAAAGUGGCAAGUUACCCAUAGGGCUUAAACAGCUUGACCUUUCUAGCUGCCCAGAGCUCGAAUCCAUUGCAGAAGCAAUUGACAAAAACACUUGUCUUGAAUCUAUUGGGAUCCGGGGGUGUGGUAUUAAAUCUUUACCGCAAGGAUUUGACAAGCUCAACCAUCUUCAGAGUAUUACAAUUCGUAAAUGUUCAAAUCUAGUCUCGUUGGAAGGGUUUUUGCCCACCACCAAUUUGACUAACCUUUGGAUCUCUAAUUGUGAAAAUUUGCGAGCCCUGCCCAAUUGCAUGCACAACCUCACCUCGCUUCAAGAAUUGGUGGUUGAUAAUUAUUUUUCAGGAGAUCAGAUAUCCAUUCCAGAAGGGGGCAUCUCUAACAAUGUGACAUCACUUACAAUCUCAGUACCAAGAAAUUAUGAGUUUCUACUUGAAUGGGGAUUGCAUAAACUCAGCUCUCUUAAAACACUUACCGUUACUGGUAGAGGAUGUCCGAAUAUGGUGGCGUUUCCCCCAGAGGAGAUAGGAAUGAUGCUGCCUUCCUCUCUCAUCAAAUUGAACAUUCACGCUUUCAAAAAUUUGAAAAGCCUAUCCUCUAAAGGCUUUCGAAACCUCACCUCUCUUCAUCAUUUGUACAUCUUCUCUUGCCCUAAGCUCACAUCUCUUCCUGAAAAAGACACGCUUCUUUCGCUUUUGGAGUUUCGCGCUAAGUAUUGUCCAUUGUUAGAGGAAAAGUACAAAAAGAACAAAAGACGAGAGUGGUCCAAGAUAGCCCACAUACCUUGCAUUAGUAUUAAUGAGAGGUGGUAA